UGGGUCCUCUAUUGUGGGGGCGGGGCCAUCACCCGAACUCCUGGGUCCCCUAGAAAGGGGAGGAGUUGGGGGGAAGGGACAUCACCCGAACUCCUGGGUCCCCUAUUGGGUAGAAGUUCCGUCCCCGAACUCCUGGGUUCCUUAUUGGUGGGGGCGGGGCCACCCCCCGAACUCCUGGGUCCCCGCGCGGCCGCCGCCGUCUCAGACGCUCCGAGCGGCGCGUGAUGCAGGUGUUGCGUUUCUACGUGUUGGGGGGCGAGAGCGAGGGGAACCCCCCGACCUUGGGUUUGGGGUCCCCCCUGCGGGUGGCGCGGGAAGCGGAGCCGAGUGUCACCAAUGUCACCUGCGAGAUCUGCUACUACGUGGGAUGGGACGACCCCGCCCCCCCAGGCGCCCCCCAGCUGCGGGUGCUGCGCUGGCUCCUGGGGUCCCCCCUGGGGGGCGGGGCCGACGUGUCCCCCCAAAGUCACCUGCGGCCCCACGGACACCAACUGCUCCUGGAGAUCGGGCCCCGGCUGGGGGUGACCACGGCCGCCUCCACCAACGCCGUGUCCCUGUGCCGGGCGGCCGGACUGGGAGCCGUGCAGAGACUGGAACGGAGCCGCAGGGUCCUGCUGGAGUUCGCGGGUCCCCCCCCGGCGGGGGCGGAGGUGACGCUGGGCCAGGCGCUGAGGGACCCGGUGACAGAGCAGCUGUACCCGGAGCCACUUGUCACCUUCGACGUCCCCGUGUCACCCGUCCCCGUCACCGUCAUCGACGUCCUGGACAGGGGGGAGGAGGCGCUGGAGGAGGCCAAUCGGGAGCUGGGUCUGGCGUUCGACCCCUGGGACCUGCAGUUCUACACCCGCCUGUUCCGCGAGGCCGGGAGGGACCCCACCUCGGUGGAGCUCUUCGACCUGGCGCAGUCCAACAGCGAGCACAGCCGCCAUUGGUUCUUCAAGGGGCGCUUGGUGGUUGACGGGCGGGCGGAGCCCCAGACGCUGUUCCAGAGCAUCAUGGGAACCCAGCGCUCGUCCAACCCCAACAACGUCAUCAAGUUCUGUGACAACAGCAGCGCCAUCCGCGGUGUCACCGUCACCUCCUUGUGCCCCCGCGACCCCACCCGACCCAGCCCCAUGGUCCCCGUCACCUCCACCCGCCACGUCACCUUCACCGCCGAGACCCACAACUUCCCCACCGCCGUCGCCCCAUUCGCCGGCGCCACCACCGGGACGGGCGGGCGCAUCCGCGACGUCCAAUGCGCCGGUCGCGGCGCCCACGUCAUCGCCGGCACCGCGGGGUACAGCUUCGGCCAACUGCUGCUGCCCGGUUACGAGCUGCCCUGGGAGGACGCGGCGCUGCCGUACCCCAAGACCUUCGCGCGCCCCCUUGAAGUCGCCAUCGGCGCCAGCGACGGCGCCAGCGACUACGGCAACAAAUUUGGGGAGCCCCUGGUGGCCGGCUUCGCGCGCUCCUUCGGGCAGGUGACGCCGUGCGGGCGGCGCCGCGAGUGGCUCAAGCCCAUCAUGUUCAGCGGCGGCAUCGGCGCCAUCGACCAGCGGCACGUGCGCAAGGAGCCGCCGCGGCCCGGGCUGCUGGUGGUGAAGUUGGGGGGCCCCGUGUACCGCAUCGGCGUGGGGGGAGGGGCGGCCUCGUCCAUCCAGGUUCAGGGUGACAACACCAGUGACAGGGACUUGGGCGCCGUCCAACGUGGGGACCCCGAGAUGGAGCAGAAGCUGAACCGGGUGCUCCGGGGGUGCUUGGAAAAUGAGGGGGGGGCCAGAAACCCCAUUGAGAGCAUCCACGACCAGGGGGCCGGAGGGAACGGGAACGUGCUCAAGGAGCUUUGUGACCCCGUGGGCGCCGUCAUCUACGCCAGUCGCUUCCAGCUUGGGGACCCUACGCUGAGCGUCCUGGAGAUCUGGGCGGCCGAGUACCAGGAGUCCAACGCGCUGCUGGUGCGGCCCGAGGGGCUGGAGCUGCUGCGGAGGCUGGCGGAGAGGGAGAAGUGUCCCCUGAGCGUGGUGGGGACAGUGACGGGGGACGGGAAGAUCGUGCUGGUGGAUGACCUGGCGGCGCCGGUGGGGGAGGGGGGGUCCCAUGAGGGGCUCCCCACCCCCGUCAACCUGGACCUGAAGUGGGUGCUGGGCCACGUGCCACAGAAGGAGUUCGCGCUGCAGCGAGUGUCCCCGACGCUGCGUCCCCUGUCCCUGCCGCCCGCGCUGGCCCUGGGGACGGCGCUGGAGCGGGUGCUGCGCCUGCCCGCCGUGGCCAGCAAGAGGUGGCUCACCAACAAGGUUGACCGCUCGGUGACUGGCCUGGUGGCCCAGCAGCAAUGCGUGGGGCCCCUGCACACGCCGCUGGCCGACGUGGCCGUGGUGGCCCUGACCCACGGGGACACGGUGGGGGCGGCCACGGCGCUGGGCGAGCAGCCAAUCAAGGGGCUGGUGGCCCCGGAGGCCGGAGCCCGGAUGGCCCUGACCGAGGCCUUGACCAACCUGGUGUUCGCCCGCGUCACCCACCUGCGGGACGUCAAGUGCUCUGGUAACUGGAUGUGGGCGGCCAAAUCCGGCUCGGAGGGGGGGUCCCUGGUGGCCGCGUGCGGGGCGCUGGUGACACUGAUGCACCAGCUGGGCGUGGCCAUCGAUGGCGGGAAGGACUCGCUCAGCAUGGCCGCCCGUGUGGGGGGCGACACCGUCAUGGCACCCGGCACCCUAGUGAUCUCAGCCUACGCCGUGUGUCCCGACAUCACGGCCACUGUCACCCCCGACCUCAAGUGUCCCCAAGGUCAAGGGGUGCUGCUGUGGGUCCCGUUGAGCCCCGGAUGUCACCGCUUGGGGGGCAGCGCCCUGGCCCAGGUCUUUGGACAAUUGGGGGACACAAGUCCCGACUUGGAGAACCCCAAAAACCUGGUGGCGGCUUUUGGGGUGACCCAGAGUCUCAUCCAAGAGGGGGCGCUGUGCGCGGGCCAUGACGUCAGUGACGGGGGGUUGCUGGUGGCUCUGCUGGAAAUGGCAUUUGCUGGGAACUGCGGCAUCAGGGUCACCCUGGACACAGCGGAGGCGCCAGCUCUGUCCGUGCUGUUCUCCGAGGAGCCGGGCUUGGUGCUGGAGGUGACAUUGGCCUCCAGUGGUGACAUUUGCCGCCGCUACCAGGACGCCGGUGUCACCUGCGUCCCCGUGGGCCACAGCGGCCCCUACGGCCCCAACGCCGAGGUGACAGUGACCGUGGGGGGUCAGCGUCUCCUCCGCGCCCCCGUUGGGGACCUGCGGGGACUCUGGGAAGCCACCAGCUUCCGGCUGGAGCGGGAACAGGCGGCGCCCGAGUGUGUCACCCAGGAGGAGGGUGACCUGUCCCAGCGCUGGGGACCCACCUACCAGCUCAGCUUUGACCCCCGGGAGCUGCCCCCGCUGCUCCGGAACAUGGCGUCCCCGGGCCCCCGUGUGGCCGUGGUGCGGGAGGAGGGCAGCAAUGGGGACCGGGAGAUGGCAGAUGCGUUCGCCAUGGCCGGCUUCGAGGUGUGGGACGUGACGACGCAGGAGCUGCGCGGGGGGGCCCCCCUGGACGGGUUCCGGGGGGUGGCGUUCGUCGGGGGGUUCAGCUACGGGGACGCUCUGGGGUCCGCUAAGGGCUGGGCGGCGGGGGCGCUGUUCCCCGGGCCCCUGCAGGAGGCGCUACAGCGUUUCCGCUCCCGCCCCGACACCUUCAGCCUGGGGGUCUGCAAUGGGUGUCAACUCCUGGCGCUGCUGGGCUGGGUGGGGCCCAAAACAGAUCCGGGUGACCCCCCCGCGGUGGCUCUUUGUCCCAACACGUCCGGCCGCUUCGAGUCGCGAUUUGUCACCGUGCGGGUGGAACCGGGACCGGCCGUGAUGCUGCAGGGGAUGGAGGGGACACGAAUGGGGGUCUGGGUGGCCCACGGCGAGGGGCGCUUCCAGUUCCGCUCUCCCGCUCUCCUCAGCUCCGCCAUGGCCGCCGGGCUGAUCCCGCUCCGCUACGCGGCCGAUGACGGCGAACCCGCGUCCCGCUACCCUCAGAACCCCAGCGGCGCCCAGGUCGCCACCGCCGCGCUUUGCUCGCCAUGCGGUCGCCACUUGGCGAUGAUGCCGCAUCCAGAACGCGGGGUUCGGGCUUGGCAAUGGCCUUGGUGGCCCCGGGAAUGGGGGAAUGACCGAACUGGGCCCGGCCCGUGGGUGAGAAUGUUCCAGAACGCGUGUGAAUGGUGUUUGAGGGACGGACAGAGCGACUGAAGGACGAGCGGACACACGGACGGACCCACGGAGACGCGGGGGGAACCGGAGAGCGCCGAACGCGCCCACCCGCCAGCGCGGACCAAUCAGAGCGCGAGUCUCACUCGCCUCAGCCAAUGGGAAUGCGGGGAGGGGGCGCUGCCUGAAAUGAAUGAAUGAAGCGGGAAAUCAAUGAAUGAAGCGGGAAAACAAUGAAUGAAGCGGGAAAUCAAUGAAUGAAGCGGGAAAACAAUGAAUGAAGCGGGAAAUCAAUGAAUGAAGCGGGAAAAUCAAUGAAUGAAUCAAGAAAUGAAGCGAUUCAGUGAAUGAA